GCAGAGGGGGAAACAAUUGAAGGUGGCACCCGUGGACCGUCGCAGGCUCCUCCACCAUGCGGGCGGCCAAGGCCGGGCUGCACGGGCUCUUCGCGGUCUACAAGCCCCCAGGCGUGCCUUGGAAAGGCGUGCGGGACGCGGUGGAGACCAAACUCCUGAGCGAGUUGAACUCAUUAGAGCGCCCCCCGCCAAGUCAGCAGGUACGUUUCCUGCCGAGCACAGUAGAAGGGAAGGAUGGGAAAGAACUGACGCUGACCGUUACGCAGCUUCCUGUGUUGGCUGAGCAUCCUCUGGUUUCUGGGCCAAUAUUCACCUACUUGAAAGUUGGAGCUGGGCACCGGCUGGAUAAAAAAUCGUCUGGAGUGUUUGUGCUUGGUGUGGGUCGUGGAAACAAGCUGCUUGGCGAUGUGUACCGUGCCCAUCUCAGCAGAACUUACACUGUUCGUGGCCUGUUUGGCAAAGCCACUGAUGACUUCUCGGAUACAGGCAAACUGAUAGAGAAGACAACAUUUGAUCACAUCACCGGAGAGAAACUGCAACGGAUUCUUGCUGUUAUCCAAGGAUCCAAUCACAAAGCUCUCUUGCAGCCGCCUCCGUCCCCCUGCUUCUGCCCACUGCGUCAUUAUCGCUCGCCCAAAGAGUCAGAGGAGCCAGAGAGCUCCGAGCCGCUAAGUUUCUCCAAGAGUAACGCCACCCCCCGAAAAUGGACUGUGGAACAGAGUAUGGGCAGUGAUUAUGAGCAGCCGUUCUGGCGCGCAAUGUUGAUCAGCUUGACGAUUAUGGCAUUUUUAUUGUGGUGUGUACUGCGUCCAGAGACUGAAAUCGACCGGAUCCUGGAUGGGACGUUACAGCUAUCUGAAACUCAACCAUCCCCUUCUGAACCUCAACCCUCCCCUUCUGAACAGGAAAAACCUUAAGUAAAGAGUGGGCGCCGCUCUGAAUAAGCAAAAUUGGCGAAGAUUCUGGACUCCCAUUCAGUUAGGUGCCUGAAAAAGCUCAAGGGGGGGGGGGACCACAGAUGCAGUGCGUCAAAAGGUGCCUCUUGAAUGUAAUGUGUAGCAAAAGGCUCCUAACCCAGUUGGAAGAAACACAUUGAGUUCUUUUUCAAGCAAAAAGAACCGUACCCAGAGUCUGCAAUUCAUGGCAUCUGUUCACUUGGCUUCUAUCCUGUUACCCCCUUUAUAAAAAUGAGGAAGCGUCCCAAAUAUGAUGCAGGGUAACACUUGCGUUUUGCCAAUUGCUGGAUGUGAAAUUAAGCCGAACUAAGUCGCAGAUCAAAGGUCUCUUUGUAUUUUGUCAGUAAUUUAAAGGAAGAUUCAUCUAAAUUACUGCUGCGUUAUCUCACUAGUGAUGCAUUGACAUGAAUAUUAUGAGCAGCCGCUGUGUGUGUGUGCGCGCGCGCGUGUAAUGCAACAGUAUGAAUAACAAGAUAGGGCUGUGCUUCUUUACAUUUCAGGUUGGUCUUGGAAAAUCUAUGGCUCUUAAAGGAAAACUGUCCAGAUUUGCAGUUUAUAUUGUCAAUUAUCAGCAGAUUCAUCAUGUUUCCUGCCAGGGGCCUAGAUUAAAUCUAACAGUAGCAGCUUCAUCUGUGCUUGUUCCUAUAUAAAAGGAUGGGGAAGUCCAAUUCUAAAAUCAAAAGGGGUGCUUAACCCUCCCUUGCCUCUAUCACUUGAAGACCCUCCCCCUACAGCUGGGCUCUGAUACUAGAAGAGAGCUGGGCUUGGAAGAACAGAGCCCACGUGCUCCUUUGGAUGUUAAAAUUAGAUCCUACGUCUUACUUCCUAAGUAAAUGGGGCAAACAUGUGAAUGCGCAAAACAUGGAGCUGCUGCUAACAUAUCUAAUGUGACCCUGAGACUUUUUUGGGCAGGAGUUAAUGUGAACGGCUGCGAUACGAUGAACAGUAGUUGGAGGCCUGAUCUUGAAGGCCAUUUCCUAAUGAGCAUUGCGCCUAUCUAAUUAUGGACUGGUGUUUGAAAGAUUAAUAAAUAAAAUGAAAAAAAAUGAAACAUGCAUUCAAUGUGGCGAUUAGAUAAUAGAAAUUUGGGGCCUGCAAGGAAUCAUGGGAGGGGAAAACAAUUUGAAAAUCCUCCCUCUGGGGUUUGAAUGGCCUGAAGUCUGUCUCCCCACAUUUUCCUUUUAAUUGAUGCUGAGCUGUUCUUAAUGUUCCUUCCCUUUUGGAGUGGUUUUUAGCCCCAGAACAGACCAGUCCGAGUUACUUAAAAAAAAUUUGAAUAAUGUACAGCCAUAUUCUAGGGAGUCCCUCAGAUAGGACAGAGAUCCCUGCAUUCUCUGUGGGUAGUCUGGCUUUGUUGCUAUCAUUGUCCACAAUAAAUGGAUCAGCUAUUCGAUAUGUUAAUGCUUAGGGAAGUCUAGGACUUUGCAUCAACUGCUAAUAAAAUGUAGCUCAGAUUCUAGUAAAGGGGGCCUGGCUCCCUCCUUCUGUCUUUUGGUUGGCCCUUAAAUGGAAGUUGGAGGAGAGUGGCUCUCUGCUGAUUAUAUCUCAGGCAGAAAACCCCCUCCAAAGUAUUUCCAGCUCAGGUUGCAUGUCCUCCAGAGCAGGAAGGAGCUGGCAAUAUUCUGCCUCGUGUUAUUUCACCAGUGAGUUUGGAGAAGUGACUACCUGGAUGGCGCACCCUCUGUCUGUUCCUCCAAGAGCUACAGUGUGAUAUACUUAAACGAGGCAUCUCAUAGGCUUAGUUCUCAUUGGGGCAUGUUGCUGAAUUGGCUGUAUAUUGUCAGUUGUGUGUGUGUGUAAAGCAUCAUCAAGUCACAGCCAAUUUAUGGCAACCCCACAGGGUUUUCCAGGCAAGAGAUGAACAGAAGUGGUUUGCCAUGGCCUGCGUCUCCUGGACUUCCUUGGUAGUCUCUCAUCCAAGUACUAACCAGGUUCAGUCCCUGCUUAGCUUGCUGUUGCUUGUUGUUAGACAUUUCACAAAGCCAAUUCUGCUGCUGUGUAAACAUUUAAAUUCCAUUCUGGUGUCAUUUGUUAGCAAAGGCAGGAGGAAGGGCCUCCUUCCUGCCUCCUAGCCCUGUACUAGUCAUGGCAAGUCUAAUAGCAUACCAGAGCAUCUCCACGUGGCCACUUGCUAGAACUACAGGCAUGUCCAAACAGACUUGUUUUCUAGUAAUUGAUUUUUCUUUCAGUUUGAAUUUCAUUCCUCCCACAAGCUAACUCAUUUGUUUGUCAUUAGCAUAAGUAUAAAGCACGCUAAUGAUUAAAGAAUAUUUUUUUGCCCUAAUAAAGUUAAUGCUUUAAAAGCACUUGAUCAAUAUUUGACCAAUCAAAUGAUUGGUCCCUAGGCGAUCAUGAUGUCCACAGAAUGUGGAAGUGAGGUGCUCUUUAUAACUAACUGCUCUUCCGUACAAAAUUCCCUGCACAUAAGAACACUGGCCGUUUCCACACGGCUUACCUGCUUGCGU